CGUCACACAGGGAAAUCCCAGAGAGCGUGCACAUAAAAUGAAGCUGUCCAGCUAAUUCACUCACAUUUGAGUGCUUACAAGAUCAAGACUACCAAGACACAAUGAAGACGGUGGCAAUUUUUCUUGCUUUCAUCUGCUUGACUCUUUUUGCUGUUAAAGGGCAUCCUGGAGUUGGCAGACAAAGGUGUAGAUGUCAAGGACCUGGUGUAAAAAUGGUGAAGCCAAAGCUGAUAGAGACGGUUGUAAUUCACCGUGCCAGUGCAUUCUGUAAUCGCCUGGAAAUUGUAGUGACGCUGAGGAAUGGUGCAGGGUCAAGGUGUUUAAACCAAUAUUCUUCAUUUACCAAGAGCAUCAUUGACAGGUUGACAAAAGAUACAAGGAAUACUAAGAUGUAAAAUGAUUCAUCUCCAGUUGCAAGUGUCAAUGCUGCCGCCAAUGUGAACUCUGUUUUUAAAAAGCUGAUUUUGUGUGUAAUAUUAUUUAUUAUUAAUAUUAUUUGUGUGUAUUUCUUAAUUUAAAAUUUCAAAUAAAAUUUCAUUAACGUUUCAUAA